AAAUAGUACGUAAGUCUGAUGUAUGUGUGUGUGUGUGUGUAUAAGUGUGAGCUUUUUAUUAUCAGUGCCGAAAAGGGCGCAGCAGAGCCAGCGAGCAGGAAUGAAUCACACAUCGCGGACACCGAGCGGAGUAAAUACGGAGGGGGGGAGUCACACAUUUUACCGGAAAAUAAACACACGGUGUGAUUUUAGAGACACAAACUUGACUUUUACACAGACGGUGGGUUUGCGCUUGUGGUAACGAAGCAUUUUGAGCAACGCUUCCCCUUUUCCCCUGGGAGAAGCAAGGUAAGCGUCCCUUUCUCCAGAGAAAGACAAGACAAGACAAAGCAGGUGUUCCAGCUCUUUCCGUGAAAAGUUAUUCGUGAAAAACAAGUUAUACAAGUGACCAAUGAAAAACAUGUUUGUGCAGUUCAACCAUGGCACAAUAAUAUUAUGGGUGAAUCAUGGACGACGUAUUUGAAUCUCGGGAUUAGUCCAUACACGAUCAGAAUCAAUGCAUGCAUCAAUCACCUCAUAUGUAUACGUCUGCUGGGGGCGGGGGUUGGGGGCACUCCGUCAAACCAGGCCCCAGCAGGAAUCAUCUGGUCUGGAUCAGCAUAGAAAUGGAUGGAUCUGCUUCUGAAAUGCACCCCCCUGUGGGGUGUAACAGAGAGAGCCCUGAGAGUGUCCUGAUGAAGAGAGCAGACUCCCCUGUACCCAGCUGUGUUUCCCUGAAGUGUGACGCGUCAAUGGAGCCUCCACAUGCCUUCAGAGAGGGAUCUUUUCCUACAGAUCAAAGAGACCAAAUGGAAGAUUGCAGUUCAGAUCUACAUGAUAAAUCGGGUUUAUCAUCCAAACUGAAGUCACUAGAGGAAAAAGCCAUGAAGUUCCUAAAGGACGAGCUGAAGACGUUUGUGAGGUACCUAGAUCAGAAUUACCCAGAAUGCUCUGAGCCUCAGCUGGAGGAGGGCAAUGACCUGGACUGUGAUGGUCAGAUGCAGAAGACCAGUGUUAGAGAGGUAGCUCUGAAGAUCACACUGUACGUCCUGAGGACCAUGAAGCAAAAUGAUCUUGCUGACCUGCUGGACAAGAGACAGCUCAUGUUGCAACAUCAACAGGAAAUCAAACGUAAACUUAAGAAGCAAUUUGAGUGUGUAUUUGAAGGGAAAGCUAAGGAAGGACAGCCAACACUUCUCAGUGAGAUUUACACAGAACUCUACAUAACUGAAGGCGGGACUGGAGCAGUGUGUGAUGAACAUGAAGUGAGACAGAUUGAAACAGCAUCCAAGAAAAGGCGAACAGAAGAUACUACAGUCAAGUGCAAUGAUAUAUUUAAACCCUUAUGUGGGCGUGAGACACCUAUCAGAACUGUACUCACUAAAGGGGUGGCAGGUAUCGGGAAAACAGUCUCUGUGCAGAAAUUUAUUCUCGACUGGGCAGAAGGAAAAGCAAACCAGGAUGUUCACUUCAUAUUUGCUCUUCCUUUCCGGGACCUGAAUUUGAUUAAGGGUGAAUACAGUCUGAUUGAACUGCUUCACCACUUUGUCCCAGAACUGAAAUCAUUCCAAUCCACUGAGUUGUUUAGAUACAAAGUCUUGUUCAUCUUUGAUGGUCUGGAUGAGUGUCGCCUUCCUCUGGAUUUUCAGAACAUUGAGAGUUGGUUUGAUGUAACAAAGAAAACGUCACUGGAUGUGUUGUUGACUAACCUCAUUAAGGGGAAUCUGCUCCCAUCCGCUCUCCUCUGGAUAACCUCCCGGCCAGCAGCAGCCAAUCAGAUACCUCCUGAGUGUGUCCACCAGGUGACAGAGAUACGAGGGUUCAGUGAUGCCCAGAAGGAGGAGUAUUUCGGGAGGAGAUUUAAUGAUCAGAGGCUGGCCAGCAGGAUUAUCACACAUGUAAAAUCAUCAAGGAGCCUCUUCAUCAUGUGCCACAUACCUGUGUUCUGCUGGAUUUCAGCCACUGUGCUUAAGAGGCUUUUUAGUGAGAUUGACAGGGGAGAAAUUCCAAGGACUCUGACUGAAAUGUACACACACUUCCUGAUCUUUCAGACAAGUUUAAAAAAUGACAAGUAUAUGAAAAACCAAGAAACUAAGCCUAAAGAAUACAGCAAGGAAUUCCUUUUAAAACUUGGUAAACUGGCUUUUGACAACCUGGAGAAAGGAAAUCUUAUAUUUUAUGAGCAAGAUCUGUCAGAGAAUGGCAUUGAUGUCACUGAAACUUCAGUUUACUCUGGAGUGUGCACAGAAGUCUUUAAAGAGGAGUAUGGGUUGUACCAGGAGAAGGUGUACUGCUUUGUGCAUCUGAGCAUCCAGGAGUAUUUCGCUGCUUUAUAUGUGUUUCUGUCAAACUCAUCAGCUGACCUGCUGGAGACUGCAAUGGAUCAGGCAUUAGAGAGCAAGAAUGGACACUUGGACCUCUACCUCCGCUUCCUCCUGGGCCUCUCAACAGACUCCAGUAAGACUCUGUUACAAAAACUACUGGGGCCGACAAGAAUCAGCUCACAUACUAUUAUGGAAACAUCCCAAUACAUCAAGGUGAAAAUACAGGAGAAUUUAUCUCCAGAAAGGACCAUCAACCUGUUCCACUGUCUGACUGAACUGGGUGACAAUUCUCUAGUAGAGCAAGUACAAAGAUACCUGAAUUCAGGAAACAUUUCAGCAGAUGACCUCUCACCUGCACAGUACUCAGCUCUGGCCUUUGUGAUGCUGAUGUCAGAUGAAGAGCUGGAUGUGUUUGAUCUGAAGAAAUACAUCAGAUCAGAUGAAGAGCACUGCAGGCUGCUGCCUGUGGUCAAGAACUCCAGGACGGCUCUGCUGAACAGCUGUGAUCUCAUAGAUAAACACUGUGAAGUGCUGUCUUCAGCUCUCAGAUCAAACUCUUCCCCCCUGAGAGAGCUGGACCUGAGUGACAAUAACCUGAAGGAUUCAGGAGUGAAGCUGCUCUCUGCUGCACUGGGGGAUUUACACUGUAAACUGGAGAUAUUGAGGCUGUCAGGCUGUAGAGUCACAGAAGAAGGCUGUUCUUCCCUGGCUUCAGCUCUGAAGUUAAACCCCUCACACCUGAGACACCUGGAUCUGAGCUACAAUCACCCAGGAGAUUCAGGAGUGAAGCUGCUCUCUGCUGUACUGGAGGAUCCCAGCUGUAAACUGGAGAAGCUGCAGGUGGGCCGGUGUGAACUCACAGAGAAAUGCUGUGAGGCACUGGCUUCAACCCUCAGAUCAAACUCCUCUCCCCUGAGAGAGCUGGACCUGAGUGACAAUGACCUGCAGGACUCAGGAGUGAAGCUGCUCUCUGCUGGACUGGGGGACUUACACUGCAACCUGGAGAUACUGAGGAUCACCGUCCUGCUGGAAGAUCCAAUGAAGGCCCAGUUUUUGUUUCCUGGCAGCAGCAGCCAAAUUUUGAUGAGGAAAAACAGCUCCACAACAUCACAGAACCUCCACCAUAUUAUACAGCUGGGAUAAGGUUCAUUUCAUUAUAACCAUCCUUCUUUUUACGCCCAACUUGAAAGUUUAUUGACAAAAAGCUCCAUUUUUGUUUCAUCAGACCAUUGAAUUUUAUUCCAGUCAAAGUUGUAUAAUGUUUUGCAAACUCCUGGCACUAACAUUUUAAGUAACUGACAGAAAAAGCUUCUUUCUGUCAUAACUUUCAAAAUGUCUGUUAGCAUGAAUGGGGCAUCUGAUGGCUUUUUGGAGACCUGAUAACCCCAAGAUUUUACUUUGUCUGGUAAUUGACUAACAGUCAUCCUUGGGGAUUUUUUGCCUCUCUUACGAUCCUCCUCACUGUAUGUGGGGACAAAAUAAACUUGGGUCCUCUUUCAGGCAGGUUUCUAACAGUUCCAGUUGAUGUCCACUUUUUAAUUAUUGCCCUAACAGUAGAAAUGGGCAUUUUAAGGCGAGUAGCUAUUUUUUAAUACCCAUUCCCUGACUAAUGAAGUCAGCACACUUCUCCCUCAUUUGGUCUGUGUGUCUCUUAUCUUUCCCAUGUUGAUGGAUGACUAAGGGAAUUUGGCCUCUGUGUCUCCUCAUGUUUGUACCCCAGUUACUCAGGAAGUCAUGGAUUACAGCUUGAAGGUUCCUAUUCACUCCAAUCAACUCAGACAUGUAUAAUUUACAUGGGAAACAUGCUUCAGUUACAUUGUGUUCACUAUAAUUUGCAGGGCUGCCAAUAAUCGUGGCUCAUGUGUUUUUGUUGAAAAUAAUUAUUUCUUGAUGAAGGAUUUGAUUUUUCUUCAAAUAAAUUGAUUUUAAUUAAAGGUUGGAUUUUUCUCAUCUUUUCCGUGUGAGAUGAAGCACCUUCACCAGAAGGUGGAUUUUUUCUUACCCCUUGUACAAAGGGGUGCCAAUAAUUGUAGAGGGCAUGUAUGUAUAACUGAGGCUGAUGUGGUACAAAGCCUAGCUAAGCUCAAAAUAAAUAAAUCACAGGGUCCUGAUGGCAUCUUACCUAUAGUUUUAAAAUAGAUGAAGGAUAUUAUUAGCCAACCUUUAACUUUACUGUUUCCGAAAUCCUUAUUUGCACAUGUGGUACCUUAUGAUUGGAAGUAUGCUAAUAUAACACCCAUAUUCAAAAAAGGGGAUAGAUGUAAUCCAGAAAACUAUAGGCCAAUUACUUUAACUUGCAUAACUGGAAAAGUUAUGGAUACAAAUAUCCUGCAUACAAAUAACAUUCUGAGGGGUAGCCAACCUGGAUUUAAGAGAAAUUGAUCCUGUUUAACUAAUCUACUUGAGUUCUUUGAGGAAGCAAAAAUAGAAAUUGGUCACAAAAUGUACUUAGAUUUGCAGAAGGCCUUUGAUGUUGUCCCCCUCAAACAGCUCUUGCUUAAGCUCAAAGCUGCAGGGAUUUUAGGAACUGUAGCAACUUGGAUUGAAAACUGGUUAACAGACAGGAAGCAGCAGGUAGUUAUUAGAGGCACAAUGUCACAGUGGGCCUGCGUUCAUAGUGGGGUACCGCAGGGUUCAAUUUUAGGACCACUAUUGUUCCUAUUUUACAUUAAUGAUAUUGACACCAAUACAUACAGUAAACUAGUUAAAUUUGCAGACGACACCAAGGUGGAUGAUGUAGCAAAUACUGAUCUAGCAGCGGAGAGGCUACAGCGGGAUCUUGAUUUAAUUAGCGACUGGUUUGAAACCUGGCAGAUUA